GGAGAGGAGCAAACAUACUUAGGGCCAGCACUGAAAAUCCAGAGACGGUGAGAGAGGACAGAGAGGGAGGGAAUGAGAGACAGACACCAAGAUUGAUCAAAGAUCAAAAGAUUUGAAAAGCAUCCAGCUCCUAUAUGCCAGCUCUAUGGCACUCCACGUUCUUCCUGGGGAUUGUGCUGCUUGCCAUCAGUAGGCCCAGCCUGGCAUCUCAGGCAGGUAAUGAUGACCGUCAGAUGGGCACAGAGCACAGGACUGACAAGGGCACAGAAAAUGGAACAACGAACCUUAUCACCACCCUGCCCAUCGUCACCUGGAACUGGCAUGAAAUUCAAUUCCCGUACCUGAUAGUAGUCUGGAUCCUGGUCAGCUGGCUCUGCAAACUCGUGUUCCAGCUGAUCCCCAGCCUGACCAGUGUGAUCCCGGAGAGCGGCCUCCUCAUUUGCAUCGGUUGGGGCCUGGGCGGCAUCAUCUACGGGGCAGACAAGGUGCAGUCCUUCAGGCUGCAGCCCUUCAUCUUCUUCUUCUACCUGCUGCCGCAGAUCGUCCUGGACUCGGGCUACUCCAUGCCCAACAAGCUGUUUUUCAGCAACUUGGGCUCCAUCCUGGUUUACGCCGUUAUUGGCACCUGCUGGAACGCUGCCACUUUGGGACUUGCCCUUUGGGGUUGCUGGUUGGGCGGGGCCAUAGGUGAUAUCGACACUGGUCUUCUGCAGUUGCUGUUGUUUGGGAGUCUGAUUGCUGCUGUGGACCCCGUGGCUGUGAUCGCCGUGUUUGAGGAGGUCCAUGUCAACGAGGUCCUGUACAUCCUGGUGUUUGGGGAGUCCCUUCUCAACGACGGCGUCACAGUGGUGCUGUUCAAUGUGUUUAAUGCAUUUGUGUCGCUUGGAGGGGCAAAAAUCGACGCUGUAGAGAUCAUCAAAGGCAUAAUCUCGUUCUUCGUGGUGGCGGUUGGAGGCGCCCUGGUUGGUGUCGUCUUUGCUCUGCUGAUCUCGCUCCUAACCAGAUGCACCAAGAACAUCCAGAUCAUCGAGCCAGGCUUCAUCUUCAUCCUGGGCUACCUCUCUUACCUCACAGCCGAGAUGCUCUCGCUAUCUCCUAUCCUGUCGUGUACGUUCUAUGGCGUCUGCUGUCAGAAGUAUAUCAAUGCCAACAUGGACGAGAGGUCAGUCAGCACGGUACGAUACGCAAUGAAGGUGUUCGCAAAUGGCUCAGAGACCAUCAUCUUCGUCUUCCUCGGCAUCACGGCCAUAGAUCCAUCUAUAUGGGUGUGGAACCCAGCCUUUAUCUUCCUCACACUCCUCUUCAUCUUUGUGUUCAGGUUCAUAGGGGUCUUUUUUCUCACCUGGAUUCUCAACCAAUACCGACUGGUUCCCUUGGAGUUUAUUGAUCAGGUAGUGAUGGGCUAUGGUGGCCUACGAGGGGCAGUAGCCUAUGGCCUUGUGGUCUCACUGGAUGAGAAAAAGUACAAGGAGAAGAACAUGAUGAUCAGCACCACCCUCCUAGUGGUGUACUUCACUGUCAUGCUGCAGGGAAUAACCAUGAAACCACUGGUCAACUGGCUAAAAGUGAAGAGAGCAGCAGUGACCGAACGCACACUAGCUGAAAAAAUACAGAAUAGGACCUUUGACCAUAUUCUUGUCGCCAUAGAGGAUAUUUCUGGACAAAUAGGACAUAACUACAUGAGGGACAAGUGGAAUAACUUUGAGGAGAGGUGGUUGUACUGGCUCUUGAUGACACCCUCUGCUAAGAAGUCUUGUGACCACAUAUUCAACAUCUUCCACAGACUCAACCUCAAGGAUGCCAUGAGCUAUGUGAAAGAGGGUGAACGCAGAGGCUCAUUGGCGUUCAUUCGGAAAGAAACCAAGGUUGAUGUGGAUUUCUAUAAGAAGUUUGGUGCCAACUUCUCAGAGAUGAUGCCUUACAUCAUGAAAGAAAAUAUGGGAUCGGAUCAUGUUCCAGUCUCCUCCAUCUUAUGGGACAGUAUGCCCUCUGUCUGCCUGGACAUGCAUGAGCAGGACCUGAAGAUGAGGGAGUCAGAGGACUUUAAUGCACACCAUCUACUGCAGCAGCACUUGUACAGAGGCAAAAAACAGCACAGACACAGGUGCAGUCGGAAGCACCUCGAAGUCAACAAGGACAAGAAUGAGGUGCAAGAGAUCUUCCAGAGAACCAUGAGGAGCCGUCUAGAGUCCUUCAAGUCAGCCAAAAUAGGUGUCACUCCACCCAAGAAGAUAACCAAUCAUCUAAAGAAAGACCAGCCACAAAAGAUGCCACAUGGAAAAUCCACGGAUAACAGUCAAAGCCAUGCUUAUGGUGAUGAAGAUUUGGAGUUUUCUGAGGGAGACAGUACCUCUAGUUGCGAGGCUGCUGACGGUUCAUUCCCCAUGAGAGCCUGUAGAGGUGCUGGAAUCCUGAACCCAGCCUUCAAUGCAAAGAUGGACCCCGUGCCACGAAUGCAGCAGAUUCUGCCAUUGGCUGAAACCCGAGGUGGACAGCAGCGCCGUGGUCCCUUCUCAGAGGGCUCAGCUGAGACUGCCCUGGACACCUAGAGUUAGAAGUUCAUCUAGGGGUCAUGAUUGAGGCUGUACCAAAUGAUUGAUGUAUUAGAAUAAUUGAUUAUGCUUAUGUUGCAUUAAUAGAAGGGGAGGGUUUAUAAGACCCCUCCCUCUUUACAUUUAUAGGGUCCUAGAGUAGAUGAACAAUAUAUAUACAUGGGGUUUUAAUAUUGUUCCACAGUUGUUUUCUAGUUCUCUCUCUCUCUGCCUCUUAUAAAGAGACCCCUCUUUAUAAUGCAGAGGUGUGACUGAGACAGAACUCUGCAGGGGAGUGUAGGAGAUAAGACUAGUCAGACAUUCCACCAUAAAUCAACUUUAACAUUUACUGCUAAGCUUUUAGAUAACACACUAAAAGCAUUGUUUUUAUAGCUGUGUGGGCAUGGUUUUGUUCUCAUGAGUAAAAGAUAAUGACGUAGGCAGUGACAUCACGAGGGCUGGACUUCGGGUUUGAUAAAAUAACUUGGGACCUUUUCUUUGAUGCAGAACUUACUCAGAAACAUGCGUGCUAUGUUCUUGAUUGUCAACUUCUGUCUGCAAUUGCAUUAAAGGUUUUUGAAUUAUUUAAUUAAAGAUAGUCAUAAUGCUAAUUUCACCAAUGAGCCAAUGAUUGACAAGGAACAGGAACGAACCCUAACACUAGCAACCUCCAACGCCCUGGCAUCGCUGCACCUAAUCACCCACUCCUUCCUGCUAUAUACACCAUUUCUUACUGUGUUUAGUUGUGGGUUAAGUUUUUCAAAGGAAUAGGGACAGUACUGUAUGCAACUUCAUCGUAACACAGGGAGAUAAUGAGACCAACACCAAAUAAGAAUGAUUGGACAUGUGACCUCGCAGUCCAAAUCCAUGGUCAAUACUGACUCGGUUUACCUGACAAAACCAAUCCCCUAAACAACCCAGGCUUUGACUCCCAUGGCUUAGAUCCCAU